AUGCUUAGUCGAAGGACCUCUAUCGCCAGUUUGGAAAGGGGCUACAAAUCUGAACAAAAGCUGGGCUUUAAGGAUCGGAUAAAGCAUUUCACAUGGGCCUGGUAUACGCUUACUAUGAGCACGGGAGGAUUGGCUCUGCUCAUUGCAGCGCAGCCAAAUACUUUCAAGGGUUUGCGGGAAAUUGGCCUAACUGUGUAUAUCAUCAAUCUUAUUUUCAUGAGUAUUGUCUGCUCCUUGAUGGCUGCCCGUUUCAUCAUCCACGGCGGUUUCCUGGAAUCCCUCAAGCAUGAACGAGAAGGCCUCUUUUUCCCAACCUUCUGGCUCUCCAUUGCGACUAUCAUUACAGGUCUACACAGAUACUUCGGUGACGAGGCUACGGAACCCUUCCUAAUAGUCAUCGACGUUCUCUUCUGGAUCUACUGCGCCUGUACAUUCACCGUCGCGGUUGUGCAAUACUCGUUUGUCUUCUCCGCCCACUCAUACGGUCUCCAGACCAUGAUGCCAUCAUGGAUCCUGCCAGCCUUCCCCAUCAUGUUGAGCGGUACCAUUGCCUCCGUUGUUGCUGAAGCACAGCCGGCUAGCCAGGCGCUCCCUAUGAUCGUUGCUGGAACCACCUUCCAAGGCCUGGGCCUAUCCAUCAGCUGUAUGAUGUACGCUCACUACAUCGGUCGACUCAUGCAAGCCGGCCUGCCAAACCGAGAGCACCGUCCUGGCAUGUUCAUCUGCGUUGGUCCUCCUGCUUUCACAGCCCUAGCCAUUGUUGGAAUGUCCAAAGGCCUGCCGGAUGACACGCCGCUCAUCCAUAGCAGAGAUGACUCGGACGUGAUCGAACUGCUAGCAGUCACUUCUGCAGCCUUUCUCUGGGCUCUGAGCUUUUGGUUCUUCUGUAUCGCCGCUGUCGCUGUUAUCCGCAGUCCUCCAACCGCCUUCCAUCUGAGCUGGUGGGCAAUGGUCUUCCCCAACACCGGCUGCACCAUCGCGACUAUCACCCUUGGCAAUGCGUUCAACAGUCCUGGCAUCAAGGGAGUCGGCUCAGCCAUGACUAUCUGCAUUAUCUGCAUGUUCCUGUUCGUCCUGGGCAGCCAUAUCCGUGCAAUCAUCAACCAAUCCAUCAUGUAUCCGGGCAAGGACGAAGAUGUGGCCGACUAA